AUGACUCUGCUCCCCUGCUACCUAUUGCAGAAAGAUUCGCAUAUGUUUGGGUUGCUAACUCUGAGAGGCAAUGCCCUGGACAGUGCGCCUGACCGUUCCACCAGCCUCUGUAUGGGCUGCAGACCAGGCUGCAGGUGGUGCCAAAAUGGUGAUGUGGGUGUCGACGGAAUGAUCAUCAAUAUUGCUAGCAUGUUGCCUGGUAUCGUCACCAAUCCCUACAAGAGCGUCCACUUCCAAGGAAUGACUAGUGCUUCUCUAGAGGCAGCAUCGGCCUGUGCAGGGAUACACGGCAAGAACGCUUAUGCCGGGCAACAUGCUAGCAAUAUUGAUGAUCAUUCUGUCGACACCCACAUCACCAUUUUGGCGCCAGCAGCAGCCCGGUCUGCAGCCCAUACAGAGGCUGGUGGAAUGGCCAGGCACACUAUCCAGGGCAUUGCCUCUCAGAGUCAAGCAACCCAAACAUGUGCUAUUCUUAAUGUAUUCUUAUAUCAUAUAGAUGAAGACGUCGCAGUCGAGGGAUUCUGCAUGAGCAGCUGCGGCCUCCAUGACUCCGCUCCCCUGCUGCCUAUUGCUGAAAGAUUCGCAUAUGUUUGGGUUGCUAAUCCCGAGAGCCAGUGCCCUGGACAGUGUGCCUGGCCAUUCCACCAGCCUCUGCAUCGGCUGCAGACCAGGCUGCUGGUGGCACCAAAUGGUGAUGUGGGUGUCGAUGGAAUGAUCAACAUUGCCAGCAAGUUGCUUGACAUCGUCACCAACCCCGACCAGAGCGGCUACUUCCAAGGGAUGGCCACUGCUCCUCUAGAGGCAAUGUCGGCCUGUCUUAUCUCCCUGCACAGGCCGACGUUGCCUCUAGAGGAGCAAUAG